AUGUCAUCGCUUCUAUACUACUUCGUUCUUUUUGAGAUUAUUGCAUUUACAACGGCUAUCAAAUGUUAUGAAGGCUCGACAGAAAACGACCAGAAACCAACUUCAACUCUUGAGUGUAUUUCGUCAAAUUAUUGUACAAAGACUGUACAAAAAGUGGAUAAGAAAAGAAUUAAUAUCUAUUGGUGUGACAUCAAUGAAUGUGAGAAAGAAGGAUGCUCCAAGAACGAUAUGUAUCCUAUUAAAUGCUGCUGCAAAGGGGAUCUUUGCAAUUCUACGACGAAGAAGUCCAUAUUUUCUGCAAUUGUUUCUAUGAUUUUAGUGAAGUUUGUGAUUCUUUGA